CUGCUGGCGCACAGAGAAAAUUCUUCAUAUUGUCAAGGUUUAAAGAGAAGCUGCAGAGUGACCGCAUCCAGUUUUAAUAAGACUUUUAGACAUUUGAGAGUGGGAUAAGAGGAAGGAUUUAGACUUCUAUCUUUCAUUUGAUUUGCACUGUAUUGUUUUAAGAUGAUGAAACUUUCCUAAUAUCUAGUUGUGACAGACAGACACACAGACAGUCUUUCUUGAUUCCACAGCGGGGAAUUCCAACUGCUGGAACAGCCAUAGGAACACAGCAGAGGAAUUGUACAGAAUUGCAAGGAAAACACGACAUACAUGAGAGCAUAAGGCAUAUUUACAUAUUCACAGCUCAGAAACUGAAAACGGGCAAAUUUGAGCCUGUUAGAUCUUCACAGGUACGUUGUUUAAUCUACCAGCGGUGGGGAUGAAGGACCUGUGGUAGCGCUCCUUCCUACACUGUGAGUGGAUCAGUCUGCCAGUGACAUCCAGAGUGGAUGUCAGCUUGGCCAACAUCCUCCACAGAGUCCAGUGGACCUCCCAGGACAGAGCUCGUCUUCCUCACCAGCUUGUUGACCCUUUUCCUGCCUGCUCCCCAGACCACAGCGUAGUGGAUGACAAAGGCCACCACACAGUCAUAGAAUGGCCUUUCUUUCUAAUAGUAGGAUCAGCUAACUAGCUAUCUGUCAAUGGUUGGUAAGGAAUUAACACAAUUUGUUGCGAUAGUAAUGUGAAUUAGUUAAUGUUAGAGGUUAUGUAAUAUGUUAAUGCUGGUUAUUUGUCGGUGGGACUCUUGUGGUUUCGGUUCAAAAUCAAAAGUUGACUUUAUUGCUAUUAUCUAGGUAUUGUCUGUUCUUUAGAGUGUAGCAUACGCGUAUAGCUAACCAAGCACGCCAAUACGCAUUGAACGUCUCAAAUUAUCUAGAGAAUCCAUCUGAUGUUAUUGGACAGUAGCUGUGUCCAACGAAAACAGGGCCGGUCUUUGAGACUUAUAGCCCUACAUCACAGAACCUCUCUGGUAAGUCCUCCCUGUUUUUACAGUAGCUCAACCUUUUUUAAAUGCAUUCAUUGAUCUUGGUAAUUUGUAAAAUAUGUCUUUACAGAAUGCUUCAUUCAAAGUAGCUGAAUUCAUCAUAGCUGGUUUAGACACAACCAAAAGCCCUCUCCUGGUUGGUGUGGUUAUGCUGAUUAUUUAUUUUGUAUCUGUUGUAGCCAAUAUGGUAAACAUUGUCAUUAUUAUUUAUAGUAGGAAAUUACACAAACCCAUGUACCUUUUGAUUUGUGACCUUGCCAUUGUUGAUAUCCUGUACACAUCUAGUGCCAGUCCCACAAUGAUUGCAGUUCUAGUGUCUGGCAUUAAAACAAUCUCUUAUGUACCAUGUUUUAUUCAAUUGUUUGCUUUUAAUUUAGGGGCAGUUAUGGAGAUGUUUGCUUUAGCAGUAAUGGCAUUUGAUCGACUGAUUGCUGUUAGUUGUCCUUUUCAGUAUCAAAGAUAUUUAACAAAUGCCCGUGUUCUUGUUGUUACAUGUCUCCUGUGGAUUGUUGCCUCUGGCUUUGUGGCUGUUUUUCCUGCAACUGUGAUUCCUCUCCCUCAGUGUAAUAAUGUCCUUAGGUACACUUUUUGCUCAUAUGGUGCUUUAGUACGAACAACUUGCGCUGACCCUGACUAUUAUUUUAAUCUUUCAUCAAUUUUAAUAUUUUUUCUUUCAUUUUUCACGUUUGGUUUUAUUUUACUGUCCUAUUUUGGGAUCAUAUUUUUUGUAAAAUCGUUAUCAAUAUGUGACAAAAAGAAAAUGGCCAGCACAUGUUUAAGCCACUUGAUUGUGGUAAUAUGUUAUUACAUCCCAAUACUGAUUGUUGCUCUGUUGACCAGGUUUGGUGUGGUAUUAACCAUUGAGGAACGUAAUGGCUUAUUAAUUGGUACAAUCCUCGGACCGUGUAUUGUAAAUCCAUUUGUGUACUGUCUUAGAACAAAGAAAAUAAAAAUUGAACUCAUUAGGGUGUUUAAAAAAGCUAAAAUAUCACAGUAAAUUGUUGUCUAAUGUGAUUUUACUUUUAUAUAAAAUGUUUAACCUUUUUGUCAAGUAUUAUGCUGAAAUGCUUAUAAAUAAAUUUAAUGUGCUAUUUAAGAACACUAAGAAGUUUUGUUUGGCUGGAAAAGGUGCCGCUAUCCCUUGUUGCAUGUCAGCAAUACAUAGAAAAAAAUAUUUCACAUUCACUGAAACACAGUAGUAUUGUUUUUUUUUUUUUAAAAAGGUGUACCUGUUUACAUCACAUAUAGCUGUUUAAGUAACGCCAUAUACACAAAUAUAGAGCUAUGUUUUCAAUAACCUCUGAUGUACUGUACACCUCUGGCCUUAAGAGAGACCAGUAACAAUAGAUUCUGCUUGCAAAUCAUAAAUUAUGUCAAUUAUGUCAAAUACUGACAGAAAAAGAAUGGGCAGUAAAUGUUUAAGCCACAUGAUUGUUAAAUAUUUGUAUCAUAUUUAGCCCAGUGCUCAAAGCCUUUUAUGUGCUUAGAUUAUUAAGAUUAUAAAAUUGUGCAUGGUUCAGUUAUUUUAAUUUUUUCAUUUAAAUUGCUGGUAUGUAUUUAAAUGCAAACAUCUGUUCAACCAAUUAUUUUCUAAAUUGUUUCCAGAGUUGGGUAAUGAAUUGGUUAUGUGCAUGUAAAAAAACAAAUACAAUUUUGGACAGGUCCACAUUUCAUGAUGCUAUUCAUACACACCAUAGACAUACAUACCAGAGAUUUUCACCGCUGCUUAUGUUUUUGAUCUGUGAAAAGAAAUUGGGCUGCUUUAAGACAGGUGGAGUGUUUUCAUAGUCAGUAUAAAAUAUAUUAUUUUAAAAUUUAUAAUAUAACCCUUUUAGCUUUUUCCACCUGUUCGCUCGGAUGUGCAGUAGCAAAACAAUUCUGUUUAUUACCCCAAUAAGGAAACAGUUUGAAUAGUACUUUUAGUACUUUUUUAAACAUACUGGCUCAAACUGAUGAUUCCUCAUUUUAAAUCAAGAAUAUUUAUUAUCCUUGUAUUGUACAGAACAGUGGAGGGGGUGGUAUGUGGGAACUAGUGAUGGGAAGUCCGGCUCUUUUCACAGAUUUGGCUCUUGUGGCUCCCCGUUUCAUACCUGUAUCAGUACACUCGCUGUCUUUGGAGCGUGUGGACCUCUUACGUCAAUCCUCGUAUGUGACUGGCUGAACGGU